UUGCAUGUAGAUCUCGUUGUUUCGUACAAGUUGUACGGUAUACAACAGACAAUACGGACAUUACUUGAAGUAUAUAGGUAUACUGGCUCGUGUGUGCACUGUGCAGUGUGCAAUCACCACAUCAUAAAAUUUGCACGAUAGGUAGUGCACAUUGUCAUCACUAGAGAGAGCUGAAACGUCGACGAAAUCGGGCUUAUCGGGCUAGCUCUUUUUCUCGUGGACUCGUGUGCUCAACAGAAGAUAUCGUCUUCCCAAGAAGAAACAACCACGUCGUCGUCGUCGUCGUCGUCGUUAUCGUACGGUCGUCGUAGUCAUUUUCAUUCAACAGUUACACACCCCCAUUACCUGCAAGAGCCGUGAGCUUAGCCUCGCUCACCUGCCGUAGUCACGCUGAUGGAGCCCAACACGAAGAUGGCAACCGAGGCGGCGAACAAGAGCCGCAUCUCGGUCUUCAAGAACAAAGGCAAAGACCAGGAUGAAAUGAGAAGGAGAAGAAAUGAAGUGACAGUGGAAUUGAGGAAAAAUAAGAGAGAAGAAACUCUGCAGAAAAAAAGGAAUGUUCCUAUCACCGAUUCAACUGACGAAGAUGAUAUUGAUAAGCAACUGGCAAAAACUAAUCUACAAGAAUUGGUAAUGAAAGCUGGCAGUACUGAUUCUCUUGAACAAUUGAAUGCUGUACAGUCUGCUAGAAAAUUACUCUCAUCGGACCGAAAUCCACCUAUUGAUCUGCUGAUUAACAGUGGCAUUUUACCAAUUUUAGUUAGGUGUUUAGAACAGCACAACAAUCCAUCUCUGCAGUUUGAAGCAGCUUGGGCGCUCACAAACAUUGCCAGCGGAACAUCUGCCCAGACAAAUGCUGUUGUCCAAGCAGGUGCUGUCCCACUUUUCCUUCAAUUGCUACUUUCAAGUCAACAAAACGUUUGUGAACAGGCAGUUUGGGCACUAGGAAAUAUAAUUGGUGAUGGUCCAGCACUCAGGGACUAUGUGAUACAACUUGGUGUUGUUCAACCAUUGUUAUCCUUUAUCAAGCCCGAUAUCCCUCUCACGUUUCUGCGAAAUGUAACGUGGGUGAUCGUAAAUUUGUGCAGAAACAAGGAUCCGCCCCCACCGGUUCAUACAAUUCAAGAAAUUUUACCUGCUCUCAAUAUUUUGAUUCAUCACGCUGAUAUAAAUAUUCUUGUAGACACAGUAUGGGCAUUAAGUUACUUGACAGAUGGUGGCAACGAUCAGAUCGAAAUGGUUAUCGAAAGUGGUGUUGUACCCCGUUUGGUCCCUCUUCUUUCACACAAAGAAGUCAAGGUGCAAACCGCUGCUCUCCGAGCGGUCGGUAAUAUCGUUACAGGCACCGAUGAGCAAACACAAGUCGUCCUUAAUUGCGAAGCACUGUCUCACUUUGAAAACUUGCUCACACAUCCAAAAGAAAAAAUAUGCAAGGAAGCCGUGUGGUUCCUUUCAAACAUCACAGCUGGUAACCAGCAGCAAGUUCAGCAAGUCAUUGAUGCAAAAUUGUUACCGCUCAUUAUAAGCAAUUUAGCAAAGGGAGAAUUCCAAACACAAAAAGAGGCCGCUUGGGCGAUCAGCAAUCUAACGAUAAGCGGAAACAAGGACCAAGUCGCGGAACUUAUUAAGCAGGGAGUUGUUCCUCCAUUCUGUAAUUUACUUGCUUGUAAAGAUACCCAAGUAGUGCAAGUAGUAUUGGACGGCAUCAACAAUAUGCUGAAAUUAGCUGGAUCACAAGUGGAAUUUUUGGCCAACAUGAUUGAAGAGUGUGGCGGGCUUGACAAGAUCGAGGCAUUGCAGACUCACGAAAAUGCAGACAUUUACAAAUUAGCUUAUGAUAUUAUUGAGCAAUACUUUUCAGACGAGACUGACGAUGUUAAUAUAUCACCACCAAUCGUAGAAGCAGGCUUCGCCUUCGAUUCGACGACGUCUGUUCCACAUGAAGGCUUCAAAUUUUGAGUAGUCCUUGGCUCAUCACACUCGAUUGUGCCGUCCCCCAAAAAUAAACUCCAAUCUGGAGCAAUUCUGCUUUCCUUCAUCCUCUCUUAUUUCCACAUCUCUUUAUUGCUCCAGUCGACGUGCAGCAGCAGCUUAGACGUGAGGAUGCGCUGAUCAGCUCAACCAAGAAAUUUUAUGAAAAUAAAAAAAAAAAAAAAAAAAAAAAAAAAAAAAAACAUGACGGGCCCAAAGACAUACCUACAAACAUUUGCAUGUAUUUGUACAUGUGUUUCUUUGACAUACACGUACACAAGGAUCGUGGGUGCAUUGAAGACGAAAUAAUGUAAUUGAAAGCGGUCUUUGCGAUGGCCUUGAACAUGAAACAUGAAAUUAAUUAUAAAAAAAAGGCCGCUCAAAUUUUGACAAACAGAACUGAAGCCGGAAAAACCGAGAAUUAAGUCAACGAUGACUCCCACAAAUUGACUGCAUUCUUAUACUCUUUAUUCUUCUACGAUACAUUACUACAACAAGUCUAAUCAAGAUGCUGAGUUAGCUAUUCAGAAAUUUAUGGAUUUAAUUCUUUUGUCCGGGCUUUAUUUCAUCAAGAAAGUUGAUCACUGUUUGUACAUGCAGCAGAAUACGCGUGAUUAUUAUAGAAUUUUUUGUGUCGUUUUCCGUCUGAACAGAAAUAAAGACAAAAAUAGCACGUAGCUAUUUUUUUUAAUGAAA